AUGUGCAAAUCACUCGGACAUCGCCUCGCCGACAUCUCGAUACAGAACGUGUAUACCUACAGCUUACAAGUGAUUGAUAUCAGAACUUGGCAUCUCAGACCAUUGUCGGAUGGAGCUACUUCGGACAAUGAAGCGCUUUGUGUACCAAUUAUAGAGAGAAACGAACGGCGAGUGGCGGGGACUGAACGCGCAGACAGACGGCCAUCACACGCGUGGUGGUGA